CUGGGUCUGGAAGGGCUAAGCUAAGAAAUCAAGGAUGAAGCUCCUUUUUGUAGCUGCCUUUGCACUCUUUGUGCUCUCCACAUUUGACAAGGCUGACUCUUCAGCUUAUGACAAAAUUGUCGCCCACAGUCGCAUCAGGGCAAGAAAAGAAGGACCAAAUGUCUGUGCACUCCAGCAAGUCAUGGGGACCAAGAAGAAGUACUUCAGCACUUGUCGUAAUUGGUACCAGGGGGCCAUCUGUGGAAAGAAAGCGACUGUGCUUUAUGAAUGCUGCCCCGGAUACAUGAAGCUGGAGGGCAUGCGUGGUUGCCCUGCAGUGGCUCCAAUUGACCAUGUGUAUGGCACCUUGGGUGUGGUGAAGGCCACCUCAACUCAAAAAUAUGCUGACAUUUCUAAGCUAAGGCCUGAGAUUGAGGGAUCUGGUUCCUUCACUUUCUUUGCCCCUAGCAAUGAGGCCUGGGAGCUUUUGGAUGAGACAGUGAGGAGUGCACUCAUCAGCAAUGUCAACAUUGAACUAUACAAUGCUCUGCAUUAUCACAUGGCCAACAAACGCCUCUUAACUAAAGAUUUAAGAAAUGGAAUGACAGUCACCUCCAUGUAUAAUGACCUUGGUCUGCACAUUAACCAUUACCCCAAUGGGGUGGUGACAGUGAACUGUGCCAGGAUUAUUUACGGCAACCAGGUUGCCACCAAUGGAGUUGUGCACGUCAUUGACCGUGUAAUCAGCGCUGUUGGAAGCUCAAUCCAGGAUGUCAUUGAGGUUGACGAUGACCUGACAACUCUGAGUGAUAUAGCUCAGAAUUCUGGACUGUUGGAGAAGCUGGGUCAGUCAGGACAUUACACUCUUUUUGCCCCCACCAAUGAAGCCUUUGAGAGACUGGGCAGCGAUGUGUUGGAGAGACUUCAGAGUGACAAGGAGGUCCUCAAAGCUCUUAUUAAUUUCCACCUCCUGAACUCAGUCCAGUGCUCUGAGGCCAUCAUGGCUGGUAGCUCUUAUGAGACUUUGGAGGGCAACAACAUUGAGAUUGGCUGUGACGGUGAAAGUAUAACAGUUAACGGCAUCAAGAUGGUGCGCAAGAAGGACAUUGUCACCACCAAUGGUGUCAUCCACCUUAUCGACCAAGUGCUCAUGCCAGACUCAGCUAAGCAGGUGAUGGAACUGGUGGGAAGUUCCCAGUCGACUUUUGGUGACAUGGUGUCCGAGUUAGGCCUUGCUGCUGCUAUGAGACCAGAGGCUGAGUACACUUUGCUGGCUCCCCUCAACGUUGCCUUCAGUGAUGAAGUGAUGUCCAUGGAUCAGAGGUUGCUCAGGAUUAUCCUGGAGCAUCACAUCUUGAAGAAUAAGAUUGUCCUGGGACAGCUGUACAAUGGCCAGCGGCUGGAGACCAUUGGAGGAAAAUUGCUCAGGGUCUUCAUCUAUCGCACAGCUGUGUGCAUUGAGAAUUCCUGUCUGAUAAGAGGCAGUAAGGAAGGAAGUAAUGGGGCACUUCAUCUUAUGAAGACUCUGUUGAAACCAGCGGAAAAAAACAUGUUUGAGAUUUUGAAAGAAAAUGGAGGCUUUAAGAUCUUUUUGUCUCUGAUGGAAGCUGCUGGUUUGACUGAUUUGCUGAAACAGGAGGGAGACUUCACUCUGUUCGCCCCAAGUGAUAAGGCUUUCAGUGUUUUGAAUGAAAAUGAUUUGACCUUGUUGAAGGGUGACAUAAAUGCUCUCAGAACCAUCCUUCUGUACCACAUCAACAAUGGCAUCUUCAUUGGUGGUGGUUUGGAGACUGGAGUCACAAACCUUCUCAAGACUCUCCAGGGCAGCAACCUCAAACUGAUGUUUGCAAACAAUACUAUGCAAGUGAAUACUGUCCAAGUCCCUAAAUCUGAUAUCAUGGCCACAAAUGGAGUCAUUCACUUCGUCAACAACGUCCUAUAUCCUGGAGAUAUCCCUGCUGGAAGCUAUGAUCUGCACUUGCUGUUGAAGAGGCUCAUCACUUACCUAAAUAUCAAGUAUAUUUCAGGAUUCAGAUAUCAGGAAAUUCCCCUUACUUUUAUGAAGAGGAUCGUCACUCGUGUCAUCCAGGAAGUUCCUGAUGUAACCAAAGUGACAAGAGUUAUCCAGGGACAGCCUAGUGUCACUAAAGUUACCAGGGUCAUUGAAGGUCAACCCUCCAUCACCAAAGUCACCAGGGUCAUUGAAGGCCAACCCUCAGUCACCAAAGUCACCAGGGUCAUUGAAGGUCAACCCUCUGUCACCAAAGUCACCAGGGUUGUCUCAGGUCCUCAGUAUUCAGUCAGCACUGACACCAGAAACAUCAACCUGGAAGGAGUUGACCUUUCAGAAAUAACCAACAUUGAGGGGAACCCUGAUUUUGAUGCUGAAAGACUCACCAAAAUCAUCCAAGAAGGCGGUUCGAGAAGAACCACUUCCCGAAGAGUUUUAGUUGGAUGAGAGGGUGGAUGUUAAUCUCAUUGCUGCAAGCUGGCAACAGGAACAGAGGAAGGAACUAACCAUGGACUGAUGAGAAUAUCGGCGUUGUAAAGGCAGAGAGAAACCAAGUCCAGAGGUUAAACCUGAUGUUUUAAUACAGGGGAUACACUUAAAAUGUCAGUGAUUUCAAGCAUACUGUAAUAGGUGAAACUGACAAAAAUAAAACCAUUCUCAUAAACGAUUUAAUGGUGCUUUGAAUGUAUGUCUAUUGUGAGUGUGCAUGUCUGAAUGAGUCUUCAGCAUAUGUAAACCGUGUUCUAAUGAACAUUUUGGCAUGACUUUAAAGACAGGGUAACAGUAAAAUCUUAAGAUUUAGGGUAGUAAUAAAAACUUUUACAUUCUCAGCUUUUCAAUGUCUUUGCUAGAGUUGAAGGUUAUAGCGAGGAGAUUCCAGCAGCUGCUUGAGAAGAUUACUUAUCUCAGCAUGAUAAAGAAGAAAUGGUUACAUGUUUCCAAACAUAUAAUUUCUCUGGCUGUAUAGUUGUUUGAGAUUUCUUGUAAAUGUUGUCUAUGCCUGUGCCAUUUGAAGCAAUGUAUCUAACUGAAGGUUUUCUCCUUUCUAUUUUUCAAAUGCCUGCUAAUAAAGUGCAUUCUUUAAUAUAAA